GAGUGAGCGCGCGCGCGCGCGCGGAGACUCCGGGAGCGCACAGAUCAGAGCUCAGACCCAUCCAGCCCCGCUCUCUGCUUUUCUUUACACGUUGGAGCAAGUGUCCGCGGCUUUUGUGAGGCUUCUCGGUGCGGGAGGAUGCACGCAAGCGCUCGCGCUAACGGAAUAACACGAUCACCGUAACCGUCUCCAGAUUUGAUUGGAUUUGAAGCGAUGACGGAUUCUUUUUGCGCGCAGUUUAUAUUGUCGGAGGAAAUCUAAAAUAAAACGCGCGCCUCUCUCUCUCUCUCUCUCUCUCUCUCUCUCUCUCUCUCUCUCUCUCUCUCUGUGUGUGUGUGUGUGUGUGUGUGUGUGGUAAAGUGGAUCAUGCGCUUCACUCCGACGUCAGUGUGUUUCUGCGCGUUUUCUAACAGAUCGGAGCGAUCAGUGAACAUGAAAAGAGCCGACGGUGUGGAUUAGACCUUUUUAUAUUCCCCGAGGGUUGUUUUUUUUUUUUUUUUGGACGUCCUCCUUCUCCUUUCUCUCUCCAUGUGGGAUAUAACGGAGCUUCUCCUCGGUCUGGAAUGAAAUGAUGGCGACGCGUCGGGGUGAUGACGGGGUGCGCGCAGCCGCAUCGCCAGCGUCUGAGUGUAAGAAGGAUGGCCAUGAUCCGAGUGAGCUGUCCCCCGUGUCCCCCAUGUCCCCCAUGUCCCCCGCACCCAUGGACCAGCUCUUCUCCUGGCCUGGACCUAAAACCCUGCACCUGCACCGAACCUCACAGGGCUUCGGCUUCACGCUGCGCCACUUCAUCGUCUACCCACCCGAGUCCGCCGUACACUCCACGUUUAAGGAUGAAGACAAUGGAAGUCGAGGGAGACCGCGGUGUCGUCUUGAGCCAAUGGACACUAUCUUUGUGAAGCAGGUGAAGGAGGGAGGCUCCGCACACCAAGCUGGACUCUGCACAGGUGAUCGUAUAGUGAAGGUGAACGGUGAGAGCAUCAUCGGCAAAACAUAUUCACAAGUCAUCGCUCUCAUACAGGACAGUGACGUGUCUCUGGAGCUCUGUGUGAUGCCUAAAGAUGAAGACAUUUUGCAGUUGUUCUCCCGGGACAUCACCGCUCUGGCCUAUUCCAAAGACGCAUAUCUGAAAGGGAACGAAGCGUAUAGUGGAAAUGCGCAGAACAUCCCAGAACCUCCAUCUAUCUGCUACACGCGGAUAGAGCCUAAAACGUCAGGGAUGACGCACACCGAUGAGCCUUCUGCUCCCUCAGGAGCUCAUGGAGUGUUAUCCCCGGGGGCAGAGCCAAGCUCUGAUGUGGGCCAUUGUGUGGAAGUCCAUAUGACACAAUUGUCUCCAUCUCCUCCUGGCUCGCAGGUCUCCAGACUCCAGAAUGCUGCUUGUGUAUAUGAUGAAAGCGUGCGUGUGGCAGGAGUGGAGGUUUCCAAUUCCCUGGAAUGUUCUCCUCGCCCUUACGGCUCAAACACUAACCACAGGUUGCAGGAGACAAAAAACACACCGCUUUGUACCUCGUCCCUUGAAAACCUUUCCUCGGUCCGUCCGAGAUCCCAGACCACACCUUGUUCUUCUUUCGCUAGAGGGACAAAGUUGCACCACACACCGCAAGGACCGUCAGAAUCACCGGGAUUCUCCACACACAUUAAUAUACACACUCCUUUUCACCCUGACUCCACAUCUACUCCAUCCAGUCGACAUGCCAUGAGCCCAUUCACGCCCUCUCCUCCAGCUAUUGCGUCAUCUCCCUGCUCCCCAAUGCAUCAGAACAUCGACUGGAGGAAUUACACCACCUACAAGGAGUACAUUGACAACAAGCGCCUCUAUACCUAUGGCAGCAGGACCAUCCAAGAAAGACUAGACAGCCUGCGGGCAGCAAGCCAAGCUGAUAAAGCAAACGCAAGUACAGAGGGCAUGAAUUUAUCCCAGCCAAGGCAGAGGAGCACCUGUCACGAGAGAGGUCCUGCAAAUUCUGGGGUCCAGUCUCUUUGCAGUGUGUCUCAGGAAAGACUGGAAGUAAAGGAACGAGCAACGUCAAGGGAUUGGCAUCGAAGCGCUUCACAAGAUGCGCUUCCUUCAUCCACAAAGAGCACAUACAAACCACGGGCGAGAUCUUGCGACUACCUGGGCAGACAGGCUGAGAGCAGGGUCUCGCUGAUGGACAGGAGGGUUUAUGGAAGGACAGAGACGGAGGAGAAGGCACGUAUUUGCACUGAAGAGGAGACCAGAGGCUGCAGGCAGUCACUCUCCUUAGGCAAAGUGGCACAGACUCAAAGGACCUUGGUGGGUGGGUAUGGCAGUUUCCCAGGACUAAAUGCUAAAAUUAAAGGUACAGAUCCAAUUCUGAGCUCCAGAGUGCAGAGUCUGGAUAAUACUGCUGCUUCGAAGGCACAGCUCCGCUUUCAGACAUCUGUUUUGGAUGACUCCUACGUAGCCAGGGCUCUCGCUUCCUUAAACAUGGGUCUCACCACAGCCUCAGUGACCACGAAAAACCAAAGAACUGGCCUUGUGCCCAAUCACAUGUCUCCCGGAUGGCAAACCAAGAGCCAUCAGGAGCCCGUUGGUUCCGUUCCUUGCCCUGACUACUCCAAAGAUAGUAGCAGGACACAGCAGGAUGGGUCUUCAGUAGCCACUAAUGGCUUAGUUGCGGGAGGUCUCGAAGGCGCAGAGGCCACAGUCGUGGUGGUGAAGAGGGAGAAAACAAAAAAGUCAGGUCCUUUACCUCUCAGACACCCGUCCUAUAUCCAGGCUGUGAACGAUGGAGCAGGUAGAGUGGAGAAACUCGCGAAAACGCAAAAGUGCUGGAGGUCCAAUGAUGCUGUUCAAGACGGGUACAGACAGCGGCUUGGAGAGGAAUACAAACCCUUUGGAUCUGGCCGACUGCACGAGUCUCUCGACUCCAUCCCCUUCAUUGACGAGCCGUCCAGCCCCAGUGCUGACCUUGAUGACACACAGUUCCGCGUUUGCACCGUCGUCUCCGCUGUUCCGCCAAGCCCCGCCUCCUCUUCCGCCAUCCUUCACCGCCAGUUCUCUCACGAUCAAGACUCGUUGCGGUUCACAGUUCUGGAUUCAGAUUCCGGCACUAAAACCGAGCGCUCCAAGUCCUACGACGAGGGACUGGACAACUACAGGGAAGAAGGACGAGGGAAACUGAUAAAGCACAUCGGUCUGAGUGGACUUAGGAAGGCUGUGGAUCGGUCCUCAGAAGAUUCUGGCUCCAGGAGAAACUCUUUGUCGGAUGUCUUUGUUAACGCUACUAAGGAGGGAGUCCUGCACUUCCGCCAGUUCAGCUCGGACAAGGGCAAGCGUGUAGGCGGCGGCAUGCGGACGUGGAAGCAGAUGUACGCCGUGCUCCGUGGCCACUCCCUCUAUCUGUACAAGGACAAGAAGGAGGGGCAGACACCAAACUCGCACACGGAGGAGGAGCCUGUGUCCAUCAGCAUUAAGUCCUGUCUGAUCGACAUCUCCUACAGCGACACGAAGAGGAAGAACGCCCUGAGACUGACCACGUCGGACUGUGAGUACCUGUUCCAGGCCGAGGACAGAGAGGACAUGCUGGCCUGGAUACGAGCGAUUCAGGAGAACAGCAACCUGGACGAGGAGAACGCACUGAUUACAAGCACAGACCUCAUCAAUCGCAAAAUCAAGGAGUACAACACUCUGAUGAGUCCACCCAGCAAUAAGACCGAGUCGUCCCCAAGGUCCUCUCGUCAGUCUCUGAGUAUCAGACACACUCUGCUGGGGGGGAAUAAAACCCCGAGCCCUCACUCACCCCACAAGGAGCAGGAGAGGAGAAUCACACACAGAGAUGAAGCGAGCCCACCGAAGGAUAAGGGACUGCGGAGGAAAGGGAUCCCGGGACUGAUGAGGAAGCCGUUUGAGAAGAAGGUCACUCCUGGAGUGACGUUCGGCGCGAGACUGGACGACUGUCCUCCUGCUCAUACCAACAGAUUUGUACCCCUGAUCGUAGAGGUGUGCUGUAAGCUCGUAGAGGAGAGGGGUCUGGAGUACACGGGGAUUUACCGAGUGCCGGGGAACAAUGCUGCCAUCUCCAGCAUGCAGGAGGAACUGAACAGAGGCGUGGGAGAGAUCGACGUUCAGGAGGACAAAUGGAAGGACCUCAAUGUGAUCAGCAGUUUAUUAAAAUCGUUCUUCCGGAAGCUUCCUGAUCCUCUCUUCACCAACGAGAAAUAUGGAGACUUCAUUGAUGCGAACAGAACAGAGGAUCCAGUGGAGAGGCUAAAAGUACUGAAGAGGCUGCUUCACGAGUUGCCGGAUCAUCACUACGAGACGCUGAAGUUCCUCUCAGCUCACCUGAAAACUGUGGCUGAAAACUCUGAGAAGAACAAGAUGGAGCCACGGAACCUGGCCAUCGUGUUCGGUCCCACGCUGGUGCGGACGUCUGAAGACAACAUGACACACAUGGUCACACACAUGCCUGAUCAGUACAAGAUUGUGGAGACACUCAUUCAACAUUACGACUGGUUCUUCACUGAUGAGGGAGAAGAGGAACCGGAGACGGUGGUCCAGACAGAGUGUGCAGUGGAGACGCAGCCCAUUCCCAACAUUGACCACUUGCUCACCAACAUCGGCCGCACCGGCGUCUCUCCGGGAGAAGUGUCAGAUUCACCCACUAGUGAUUCGGCCAAAUCGAAGGGUUCAUGGGGGUCGGGGAAAGACCAGUACAGCCGCGAACUGGUCUCCUCCAUCUUUGCUGCAGCUAACCGCAAACGCAAGAAGCCCAAAGAGAAGCUGCAUGCUAGCAGCUCCGAUGAUGACCUGGAUGCUGUUUUUAUCGAGAGUGAGCUGCAGAACCCGAAACAGAUAGAGCCGGAUUUAUCAGGAGACUCACAUGAUGGGAAUGAACCUGAAAAAACACCCAAGGGGCGCAAAGAGCACAGGAACUCCUUCUUCUUGAAGAAACCGUCUCCCUCUAAGAUCUCUGAAUCCCAAAAAUACUCUACACUGCCCAGUCUCCGCCUCCGAAAUCCAGCCCCUUCCAAAAGCUCCACAUCCGAACCACCUUCUCAGGUGGAAGACCUUGGCGCCACGAACCCAGGAACAUGCAGAUCCAGGAAUCGGUUGAGAAUUUGGGACAUAGUAUUGCCAUCUGCCACAGAUCUACCUCCAACCGGGUCUGUCGGAGGAUCAGCCACGGCAGAAGUGAGCUCUAUCACUUCGGAUUACUCGACCACCUCCUCCAUGACUUUCCUGACGGGGGCGGAAUCGAGCGUGCUCAGUGCGGAUUUGCAGAGCCGGGGCGGAGACGAGGCCGACGACGAGCGCAGCGAGCUGAUCAGCGAGGGACGACACGUGGAGACGGACAGUGAGACGGAGUUUCCUGUUUUUCUCAGAGGCACGACGACUCCUGUUACCCCAUCCGAGAUCGUCCCUAGAAAGUCAGAGUGUACUAACGUUCAAAAACCUUUAAACCGCUACAUCCUGGCUUCGCAAAAGCUGACGGCGUUCAACACGUCCAAGAGGCGGUCCUUGCACCAGAAGACGGACAGCGAAUCGUCGUUAGAAGUCGGAGCCGGGCGAGAGAGCGAGAGGAUGAGCCGGAGCGAACCGAGCCGUCUGUCUCGCGUUCUGGAAGCGGUGAAAAAAGGCCGUUCGGUGGGAAGCAUCAGCUCCGCCUCUUCCUCCUCCCACAGCCAGGCAGAGCCAACAAAGCGCCUGAGUAUCACCGAGAGGUUGAAGUCCCACUUCCGCUCAUCCGCAGACGAUAUGUUUGGUAUCGGAGGGCAGAAAAACAGCAGAAAGAAAGAGAAAAGAGUCCGUCGGAGACACACUCUGGGUGGGCAGCGGGACUUUGCCGAACUCGCGGUCAUUAACGACUGGCGUGAACAGGGUGGUACCGAGAAGGGGGCGGAGCUUUCAGACGCGGACCGGCUCAAACUUCAAAACUCGAGAGAGAUUUCCAUUCGGGACUGGAUCACCCGCGAGCGUUGGCAUCCUGGGUCUUUGCGGGCUGGUUCACAGGGGUCAAAGGUCGUGACGGGGACCGAUGAAGGUUCGAGUUGUCCUGCUUCUACGCUAAGUCGCCAAUCCAGUCUGGAUCAGUUGAACGGGGGGGAACCAAAGUGCAAAGGCAAAGCCAACUUGAACUCGGGCGCCGAUGCUCACCCACAUAAACUUUCCGGGGCUCAAGUUGUGCGCUCGCAGUUCUACCAAUGUCUGUAAAAAAUGUCUGCAUAUGUUUGUGUGUGUGUGUGUGUGUGUGUGUGUGUGUGAAACAAAUGAAAGUGAAUGAAUGAAUUAAUGUUCAUAGAGGUACUGCACAAUAUUUUUUAUCCUUUUAAUCCCUUCACCUCUUUUUAACAAAGUAUAUAUAUAUAUAUAUAAAUAUAAAUAUAUAUAUAUAUAAAUAUAAAUUGUAUAUAUCUAUAUGUGUACAGGCUCAUAAGAGGACUAACUGGAGUUAAAUGUAUCAGAUUUGAAUCGUAAUCUCAAUUUUAUGGAUCAAAGUGGCUAAAUGUUCCCUCUUGUAGUGGAUUCGCCAAGACACGUUUGGGAUCAGACUUUUGCAUCUUUUCGUCAUUUUUUCACGUCGUUGCUAACGAGUAAGAGAAAUCUCUCAUAAAUCCCCACGUGAUAAAGUCAUUAUUUUACAGACUGUGACUCCAAGUGCCUGUACAGAUUUAGCCGUAUUUUACCUUCUAUAAAACGAGCAUAACUGAAUCGUGUCUGAACUGAAAUGUUGGUAAAGAGUGCGUUAUAUCCUGUGGGAAAAGAGGUUUUGCACGUUUUUCUUUAGUAUAAAGUCACUCUAGUAAGCGCUAGCCCUUUUCUCCAACUGAAACCAAAAUAAAACUAAUAUAUAGACACGUCUAUAUACGAGAAGCGACGUUUCCGGGGGGCGUUUAGGUAAGCUACCAAGUUCCUAGCAUGGGUACAGCAUGCGUACGUUACGGUCAUGUGACCUGUUAGUGAUCAAAUGCAACAAUAAGCACUUAUAAUGAAGGACAGAACAAUCAGUCCCGUGUGGAUUACUACAGACGUCCUCUAUUAGACAUACUGAACAGGGACAUGUAAUCCCGUCUGAACAGUACUUAAGAAAAAUUUCCGGUUGUCCAAGAUGGCGGCCCCCGUACUAUUCCAGUGUCCAGCUACAUGCUGAAGUUGAGUACAUGUUUAUAAUUACCUGUAACGCCACUGAGCCACAUCAGAACGUCUGUAGAUGCAGAGUGGAGGAGGUAUUUUGGGGGAGAUAGAUAGACGACGUUUCCCAUGGCACUCCAGUGCGAAAAACUAAAGAUGCAAACGUCUCACAGCACAUCUUGGUCGAUCGACUACAUUUGUGGUGAAGGUGAAAUGGUUUACAUUUGUUUUUGUUUUGUUUUUGUUUUUGCUGAAUUGUUAGAAGACAUUACUGGAAAGGACGUCGUGGUCAAGGUCUUCUCUUGAAAGCCCAGUAAUAUGAAGUUUUCCUGUUGAUCUUCAGCAUUAGAAGAUAAAAAGAGCAUACGAUUCAACCGACGUUGCUAUCUUACCACUAGAUUUCUUGAUUAUCAGUCAUGUUUUAGCCCUCCAGCGUGUGCAGAGUAAAUUAGAGCAUUUUGGUAAGGGUAAGGACUACAGAAGGAGACAAUACCGCACUAAAAUAUGGUGACACUAACGCUACGUUCGCACUAGCUAGUGCUUGUGUAGCAUGUUUGUUUGUCGCUUGUGGGUGUUUUUUAUUUGACAUUUUUUUAAGUCCUGAUGAGAAAUGUUCUCAGCUAUACAUAGCUUCUACAUCUGACGAGUUAAACACCAUUUAAAUCCUCAGUGUUUUGAUUUACCGUCAUGUUACAUGCUAGCUUCCUUAGCAGGUUAGAUUAGCAAAGCGAGCUAAAUGGACAUGCUCUCCAGGGGGCGCCAACAACUUCCGCGAUUUCCUUUUUAGCGUGUUAAUGUCUCUUAACCACCUCUUAACGAGAGGUCAUGUAGGACAGGACAGUUCAAAUCUCACUCGUCAGGAUGUCGCUUGCUAGUGUGAACGUAGUGUGAUGGGACAGACACUAAACUAGAUUACAAUAGUGUGAGUGUUUAAAGGACAAACAUUUAUGUGGAAAAAAAAAAAAAGUCCUAAAAUAUCCAGUUUUUUUCCUGUACUUUAGAUUAUUUUUUUUAUAUUAUUCUGAAGGAAGUCCACGUCAGGACUUGUUUUCUGUGCCGUGUGCUGUAGGAAGCAGGUUUUUGUUGUGGUUGUUGUUGUUGUUGUUGUUGUUUUUUACAGUGCAAUGAAGCAGCCAGCAUCACAAAGCGAAAAAGUGAGAAUGAAGUCAAUUUAUAUUUCUAUUUAUAGGAAUAUAAAAAAGUCAGAGCCUUUAUACUGGUAAUACAGGAAGUUCUAAGCAUUAAAGUCACACAAAGUCAUGUCUGUCUGUAAUGAAGUGCCUCGUAAAGCUAAUCUCUGGAACAGGAACCUUUUUUUUUUUCUUUUAAUGAACUGUUGCUCUUGUCGAAUAUUGCAAGGUUUUUUUUAAUCACCAACUCUGCGAUCUAGAGUUUUGUAGGAAACGAUGUGACUGCAAACCAGUGCUUCCAGUCUUAACUCAUCUUUCAUUCUGUUACUGGUCCAUUAUAUAUAUAUAUAUAUAUAUAUAUAUAUAUAUAUAUAUAUAUAUAUAUAUAUAUAUUUUUACAUGCACAUGUUGAUGUAUUCAGAUGGUAAUGUCUGGGUCUGAGAAAGUAUGUGUGCAUGACAAACAGAUGCAUGUGUGAUGACCAAAAUGCUAAAACGAAGAGAGAGAAGGUUAAAAACACUGGAAAUAAAUCGUCUUUUUUUGA